AUGACCUCACAAACCUCAAUAGUUACACCAGCGAACCCUCCCCGCUCAGCUCUUAGAGCUACAGACGAGAAAAGUUUCGCAUUCACGACCACAACUGUUAGGUGGCCAGUUAUCAUUACAAAAAUUAUUGACGAUGUUUACAAAACUCGUCAUGAGCUUGAUCCUUCUAUAGAAUCUGAAAAAAUGAAAGAAGGGAUAGAUAUCAUGGAUUCAAUUGCUUUGUUGAAAUACGAAAUACAACGGAAAAAACCAUUAAAACCGAUUGAUGACGACGGUGAGCCAGAUGUUAAUACUUGGAUUGAAGUUUUUAAUAAAUAUUUCAAAGAAGAAAAUUGGCAUUCAGCUCCAUGGCUUUUCACUGAAUGUUAUUUAUAUCGUAGAACUCAUUCAAUCUUUGUAAGAACUAAACAUUGGCGUAAUUAUGAUCCAUUUUUUCGACAAAAAGAAGAUACAUUUAAGGCAUCUUUUGUAGCCAUAAUUGAACUUGCAAAACGUAUAGAUGGAUUAAUUUCUAAUCCAUCAGUACAAGAUAGUGAUAAAAGAAUUUUGUUUCAUGAAUUGGCUCAAAUAAGUUUAUGGGGAAAUGCUACUGAUUUGUCUUUGUUAACAAAUUUAAGUCAUGACGAUAUAAAGAAAUUACAAGGAAAUGCUAAAUCAUUGGAAGAAUCAGAAAAAAACAUUUUAGUAAAUGAUUUGGAGAAAGUAUGGGGUAAACUCUCUCAUUACCAACAGAAGAGAAUAGAUUUUGUUCUUGAUAAUACUGGGUUUGAAUUGUAUGGUGAUUUGAUAUUUGCUGAUUGGUUAAUUCAAAAUGGUUAUGCUUCAGAAGUUCAUUUGCAUGUCAAAGCAAUUCCAUGGUUUGUCUCUGAUACAACACCGAGUGAUUUUAAUUGGUUACUUGGUGUAUUGAAAAAUGAUUUCUUUUCAUCUGCUUCUUCCAACGAAAAAUUAUAUCUCGAAAGGUUAGCAAAAAGGUGGCAAGGAUAUGUUGAUAAUGGUAAAUGGAUUCUAAAAUCAGAUUAUUUUUGGACAUCACCUUAUGCGUAUUGGCACCUUAAAGAACAGGCACCUGAAUUAUUUUCAGAUAUUUCUAAAUCUUCUUUAGUAAUUUUUAAAGGUGAUUUAAAUUACCGUAAAUUAGUUUAUGAUUGUAAAUGGCCAACUACAACUUUAUUCAAAGAUGCAAUUGGACCUUUGGCUACUGAGAAAGGUGCUCCACCUAUUUUGGCACUUCGUACUAGUAAAGCUGAUGUUAUUGUUGGACUUCCUGAAGGGAUUGAAGAAAGAUUGUCUGCUUCUGAAGCAGAUUGGAUGUUUUCUGGAAAAUAUGCUGUUGUUCAAUUUAGUGAAGGAAAUCAAUUAAACUAA